AAAAACGUAACAACGCAAAAUUCCUUCCUGGUCCUUUUAAAAUCGCCGCAACACCAUAAAUAUUCAUCUUUCAGCUUUCAUCACACACAAAUACACGUAUUCAGCAAAUACCAGAGUACCACAGCACUGACCAUGAAGCACCCCUCUCUACAUUUCUUUCUGCUCUGCUAAUUUCAAUUUCCUUCCUGUGAGUUGGUAGUCGGGUCAUUUUCAAAUCUCAAACAAUAAGAAGUACCCUUCAGUGUUUUAUGGUGUCCCCUUUGAACUCUAGUGACAUCGCGGUGUGCCGAGACCUGUCUUAUUGGUCCGAUGAUUGUUUGAUGUAAUGAGACGAAAUUGGGAUUGUUAAGGUUCCAUCCAGUGUGGUGCUGUACCUACCUUGGUUUGGUUUGUGAUGCCGGUGAUGGUUUUAAGUUGAAGUCUUUGUGUUUGGUGUGUUCUGUUUGGAGAUAUGGGGAUUUUGACUUUGGGUGUUAGUAAGGGGUUGUUGGCUAUAACCAACUUCUUUCUUUUGGUUUGUGGUUUCACCCUAGUCAGUGGCGGACUUCUACUUCUGUUCGACUCAGACAGAGUCCUUUUAUCAAAAUUGCUGGUUUCUGGGGUUCAAGCUAAUCUCCGUUACCCCCUCCUCUAUUAUGCAUCCAUAGGGAUAACCCUGAUGGGAUGCGUACUUGCAAUGACAGGUGUUCUGGGAUGCUGGGCCUCUUGCAUGCACAGCUACUGCAUGCUGACACUAUAUUUCCUCAUAAUCAUCCUAGUCCUCAUAUUCGAGUGCGUCCUGUUUGCUACUAUUUGGGCUUGGCCUAACUGCUUGGGCUUGGUUCUGGAUCCUUACGAACUCACCAAGUCUGUACAGGGGAGGUUCGGGAAGGAAUCGGAGGAAGAAUUCACAGCUGCCGUCGAUCUGGCUCAAACUAUGUUCCAAUGCUGUGGGAUAGAGUCAGCUAACGAAUACGAUACUUCCUUGUGGAGGUUGCAGAGUUUGAGUCAUUCCCUAGCAGUACCAUUGACCUGCUGUAAAUUGAGCAACUUUAACGAUACCAAAUCUUAUUUGAAUCCCAUUCCUAUGAACACUUCUCUUUGCCAAGCUUUGGAAGUUAGCAGGCAUGAGAAAUACCGACAUCUAAAGGGUUGCCAACCUGCCUUGGAAAAAUGGUACACCGACCAAUACAUGAUCCUGUUCGCUGCUGGUCUCAUUUUGGUCUUGGUCGAAUUCAUGGUCCUCCUGACCACUCUCCUCAACUGCGCCAAGAUCUACCAGUACAAGCAGGAACGCAAGGAAGCGUCGGUUGGCGCCAGGACGCCACCGACGAUGAAACCCAACACCAGACAAAACGAGGAGUUCCACAGGAGAUCCCCUUUGGCCGCUUACAGUAACGAGUCUUACGCCCUCUCUGAUAGCUUCAGGCAGAACUACAAGCUUGUGGACUCAGUGUGAUGGUGGUUGAGGGGCGUUUGUUCGCCCACCAAUACCUACACGCUGGAACAGAACCAUCAGAUCGAGUCGAUGUUGUGGUGAAAACGGGGGUUCAAUAACGAUGGAAUCGAUGAAAACGUGUAAAUUAUGUGUUAAGACUGAGUCGAAAUUACAGGGAACUUUAAAGAUGCGGUCUGAGUUUCGUUUGAAAUGGAUAGAUGGCGUUGUUGAAGUUUCGAACUGCAAGACAAUUAUUUCGGUGUUCUCUUGGGUUACCUGGACCAGAUCAAUGAAUAACGAUCUAUGAUUCUUUGUGAUUAUUUUGGAGAUAUUGAUUAGUCAUUAUAUUGAAUAUUCUUGUUUGUUUGUAUUUUAAGUACACUGAUUUGAGUUCGGAAAAAGUCUGCAUUAGAAGAAUAAAAAUUUUUUUAGGAAUAAAUACAAUUUUGAUCCACGCAUAAAUUGAGUUAUACACACUUGAAAUACGCUCGUUAUUUUUAUAUUUGUUUCAAUUUCAACUAUUUCUCCUCGUGAGAUUUGCUAAUGCGUAUUCAAUAAAUAAAAUUCGGAAUUGAAUACAUACAAAUUUAUUGACAUCUUUGAAGAUGAGGCUUCCACGAAUGAAAUAGAUUGAUUUGGAAAAUAUAAAAUUCGAAAUUAAAAUCAAUCUUAAAAAGCGUUAUAAGAAACCAAAUGUAAUGGACGAACUUAUGAUAACGUCACUUUGAAGUACACAAGUGUGUCAUUUUCAUUAUUAUUCUUUUGUUUUAGAAUGUUAUUAUAGAAGGAGCUAAUCAUUGGCCAGUAGUGAUAGAGAAGACUUCCAACUUUUUUAUUUUUACACUGUUGAAUUAACCAAAUAUUUGUUGUAUAUAUGUUAUGAAUUAUGAAAAUAUACGAUUUUAAACCAAA